UCUCUUCAAUAUUACCAAAAUUGUUGAAAUCUGAUUUUAUAUAUCUCUCUCUCCAUUUUCAACAUCUUGUUAGAAAAAAAAUCUCAAUGACGAAAUUAAAUUUUCUCGGCAAAGUCCGAGAAAAUCUGAAUAAGUUACAAACCGUAAAAGAUGCAAACCACCAUAUCUCUUCUCCAUAUUCAAAUUCAAACUCGAGCAGUAGUGAUCACGAUCAUCCCGCCACGGUACCCACUCGUAACCCGAUGAAGCAAAUCUCAAUCGACGACCAGAAGAUUCUCACACCACAUCCUCAGCUCCCGAGACUCGAACCGCCACGUGGUCGUCGUGUCUCUUUAGAAGAACUGUUGCACCCUCCCGAGAAAUUCACGUCCGAUUUGAUGAGACUCAUACGCCGAAGCGGAGACGCGAUUUCGAAACGCCUCUCGAUCUCGCAGGAGAGUUGCGUCAACGACGUCGACGUCGUCAAGUCAGACGUGACCGAGUUCGAAAUCUCCGGAGUCAAAGUCCUCGUGAAGCUGAAAAGCGAAGAAGAGUUCAAAGGCCGUGUGACUCUCUUCUCGAGAUCUAACUGCCGAGACUCCACAGCCGUCCGAUUGUUUUUCCGGGAACGAGGCUUCGAUUUCUCGGAGAUUAACGUCGACGUGUAUACAGAGAGAGAGAAAGAGCUGGUCGAGAGAACAGGGAAGUCUCAAGUCCCUCAGAUCUUUUUCAACGAGAAACACUUCGGAGGGUUAACGGCGUUGAACUCGCUGAGAAACAGCGGUGAAUUCAAUCGGAGGAUCAAGGAGUUUUUAACGGAGAAAUGUUGCGGCGAUGCGCCGUCGCCGGUUAUGUACGGGUUCGACGAAGAGAGCAGUAGUAAUGAAGACGGUUUUGUAGAUGGUGAUGAUGAGAUGAUGAGAUUCGUUAGGGUUUUGAGACAGAAGCUACCGAUUAAGGAUCGUUUGUUGAAGAUGAAGAUCGUUAAGAACUGUUUCUCCGGCGGUGAGAUGAUCGAGAUACUCAUGGUUCAUCACUCGGAUUGUGGGAGGAUCAAGGCCGUCGAGAUUGGCAAGAGGCUAGCCAAGAAACAUUUUAUCCACCAUGUCUUUGGAGAGAACGAGUUUGAAGAUGGCAAUCAUUACUAUCGUUUCCUUGAGCACGAGCCGUUUAUUACAAAAUGUUACAAUUUUAGAGGUUCUACCAACGACAUGGAGCCCCAAAGUGCAGCCAUGGUUGGGCAGAAGCUUUUCAAAAUCAUGACUGCUAUUCUCGAGUCUUAUUCCUCCAAUGACCGUACUAGUGUUGACUAUACGAGAAUCAGCCAGAGUGAAGAAUUUAGAAGGUACUUAAAUAUGGCUCAAGACCUUCACCGUUUGAAUCUUGUGGAACUCUCAACGGAAGAGAUGUUAGCAUUUUUCUUGAACUUAUACAACGCAAUGGUGAUCCAUGCCUUGAUCAGAAUCGGACGUCCCGAAGGAAUGAUCGCAAGAAGGUCCUUCUUCACAGAUUUUCAGUACGUUGUAGGAGGCUACUCUUAUUCUCUUAAUUCCAUCCGAAAUGACAUCCUUAGACGCGGUCGCAGACUGUCUAGUCCAUUUAUUAGGCCGUUCAUCAACGGAAAUACAACACGGCAUGAGCUUGGUCUUCAAAAACUGAAUCCAUUAGUACAUUUUGGGCUAUGCGAUGGGACUAAAUCAAGUCCAGUGGUGAGGUUUUUCACACCGCAAGGAGUUGAAGCUGAGCUCAAACGAGCAGCUAGAGAGUUUUUCCAAAAAGGUGGAAUUGAGGUUGUCUUGGACAAGAGGACCAUACAUCUAUCAAGAAUCAUGAAGUGGUACAAAGAAGAUUUCACUGAAGACAAGAAAAUGUUGAAGUGGAUAAUGAGUUAUAUAGAUGCAAAUAAAGCAGGUCUUUUAACCCAUCUUCUUGGUGAUGGAGGAGGUUCUGUUAACAUCGUUUAUCAAGACUAUGAUUGGUCUAUUAACAAUUGAAAUUAAACUUUUGAUCCAUAUCAAAACUCAUUUUUUUGUUCAUGCAUGAUUCACUGCGGGGCUCUUUACUCUUUAAGAAUCAAAGAAGAUAAAUAUACUAUAUUCCAACGGCCAAUAGUUAAAUGUAACUACUUUAGUAUUUUGUAUUCACUACUCUGUUGUUGAGGAUCAUUUCAAAUGUAUAUAUUGGCUUAGCUA